AAAUCUUUUCAUUCAGAUUUUUUCCACCUUAAACCAUUAGCCUAUCUCUGUCCGCUUCUUUGUAGCAGGCCAUCAUUGCGUUGACAUCUGGAGGAGGAAAAGAUGUUUUUAAGAUUUAUGUAAGGCGGUUUAUGAAGCUGGGAUGACCCCAACACGUUGGGAGGAGUUGGUGCUGGUCUGACUGUCCUGUUGUCCUAGUGGAAAUCUAACGGUCCCUGACGCAUCAGAGGAGAGGGGCUGUCACUCACACAAAGUCUCUGAUCCGGGGGAGGGAGGAGGGGACUCCUUUAAAAACACCCAGGGUAAUCGGUUUCUUCACUGUGUUACAGACCACGACCUAGAAGGUUGCCACAAGUAAUACCACUGAGAACAGACAACACAUACAAAUUUGUAUGAGAGAUCGCGAAUUAUAAUUGCUCUAAGGACCUUUCUGAAAGCUUCUUCAGAUUGUGGUAGAUUUAUCUUGCUGCAGUAAAUCAAUGAGACUGCCUAGUUGUGAGACCGAAAGAAUGGAAGAAAGUCUGUCAACAUCUCCAGGUUUAGUCCGGAGCCCCAGCAACUCUACCAGGAUCCAUAGCAUUGAAGCAAUCUUGGGAUUUAAAGACGGGAAUAUGUUUCAUCCGACAUACGUUUACAAUGGAUCUCCACGAGUUGCUCCGGACGCACACAGAGGUCACACUCCUGCCGUCUCGCCGCUUAGGAAGGAACACAACUCAGAAACUUUUCAGAGUGUUUGCUGCUCCUCUAGACCGAGUUCCGCUGUCAGUUCCGUGACUGAUGGAGACUGCAAAUUGUCAGAUGACGAAAAUCCGAAGAAAAAACAUCGCCGGAAUAGAACUACUUUCACGACCUUUCAGUUGCACGAACUUGAGCGCGCCUUCGAAAAGUCACAUUAUCCUGACGUCUACAGUAGAGAAGAACUCGCGCUCAAAGUCAACCUGCCGGAGGUCCGCGUGCAGGUGUGGUUCCAGAACCGCCGAGCCAAGUGGCGUCGUCAAGAGAAACUGGAAGUGAGCUCCAUCAAGCUCCAAGAUUCCACCGCCUCCAUGCUGUCUUUCAGCCGCUCGUCUCCACAGGCGCUAGGCUCUGGCCUCAGCCUGGAGCCGUGGCUCAGCACACCCCUCUCCAGCUCCUCCUCACUUCAGUCCCUACCUGGCUUCAUGGGCCCCCAGCAAGGCCUCUCAGGCAGCUACACACCCCCACCCUUCCUCGGCGCUCCGUCACUGAGCCACGGCCUGCCCCACAUUGGUAGCAUGUGCCCGCCACCCCCUUACCAGUGCUCAGGCUUCAUGGACAAGGUUUCCCUGGAGGAUUCAGACCCCCGUAACACUAGUAUUGCAUCACUCCGAAUGAAAGCCAAAGAGCACAUUCAAUUCAUUGGGAAGACAUGGUGAAGGACCCCAGCUAUAACCAUUCAUGAACUCUGAACUCAAAGACAUGAACUCUGGUGGGACUGUUCUGAGAUAUUUGGGGUAAAAAUCCCGGAAACUGACAAUCAAAAAUGCUGAAAAGCUGCUUUACUACUAAAGCUGGGAAUCCUGAUGUCCUGGGGAUUUCCUUGGUGUUGCUGAUAAUACUCAUGAGGUUAUAUUAUUGUUUAGGGUUAAAUGUCUGGCACACUGUCCUUGUCGGGAUGCCGUUUAUCUAAAUAAAGGUUUUAACAUGAGUACCAGCCAUAUAUUCACAUAUGGCUUUUAACACGUUUUUUGUGACAAUCCUGGCCUGUGAGAAAAGGAGGGGAAGAAAGGAAUGAUGUCAUCUCACUCUUCUUAAAACGAAUUUUGAAUUAAAUGAAUUCCAUUUGUUUUCUGUAAUGAUAACAUGCCAAUAGACAAUCUAUUUAUUGCACUAAUUUGAUUCAAAGCUUGUGAUAUAACUUUAUUUUGUUUUCCAACUCUAAUCUGUGUCCUACAAAUGUAUUUUUAAUAAUGUAAAUACAUUUCCAUGUCAACAUUGCCAAUCAGCAUUAAAUGCAUCCUCACCUGUUUUUUCUUAUUAUUUUUAUUUAUUUUACAGUUCCUCAUCUUUGGAAUAUCCAACCUUAAACUGAACUCAAAAGAUAUGACUGUGUCUGUACCAAAUUAUUCUACCAUUCAUGACAGUUAUAGAAAUGUGCUGGUAUUUAUGGUACUGGUAAGAUCUUUUAAGCCUCAAUUUGGAAUAAAGAAGAAAUAUAGCAAAUAUGUGAUCUGAUUCUCUCUUCACCCUGCUCCCGUACCGCAGACACACACACGAACGC